ACAGCCACUUUGUUGCGCAAUUGCUUUGUUUAUCGAAGUUCGAACCAAGCUAUAGUUACUACUCUUUCAAGUCGCUAGUUGCACGGAUACUUAAACGUGGCUGGUUUUAUGUUUUAUUCGAUCAAAUUCGAAGUUUCAUUGCACAAAUAAAUAACCAAAUAUAAACGUUUAAAAUGGUAGAUGCAAUGAGUGACGACUGUUUUAUUGCCUUUGCAAAUGACGCUUUGAAAAAACAGAUUGACGAUAUAUUAUCUGUUAGUGAUAUUUUUGAAAAAAAAGAUGUAAAAGACAGCAUUAUUAGAAAAUCUUCAAAAAAAUCAGACGAAGUACGCAAAGCCUGUAAUCAACUUUUUGUGGGUAAACAUAGUCGUGGUCAAGAAGAUCAUACAAAGAUCUUGGCUCUCUAUUCGAAAAGCAUUGCUCUUGCACCCAAAGACUCUGAAGAACUUGCUUUAGCUUACAGUAACAGAUCUGCUGUAUUGAAGCAUUUGAAUUUACCAGAAAAAUCUUUGAUUGAUAUUCAUCGAGCUUUAGAGAUCACAAAAUCGGAUAAUUUAAAACUCAAACUUUUAACUCGAAAGACAAAUUGUUUAAAAAUCAAUGAUGAGCAAGAUUUAAAACCAAGUGACAAAAUUGGGAAUGAUAAACAAUUCCUACUAGUUACAGCACCUCAACAAAAAUUAAAAUUUCCUGUAUUCACUCCUUCCCAAAAAAUACCAUGUGCUGCUGAAAGCGUUACGAUUGCGUACAAUGAGAGCAUUGGUAGACAUCUGAUUGCAACUCGAGAUAUUAAACCUGGUGAAGUUAUUAUUGCUGAAGAAGGAUAUGCUGUUUUUCCAAAGAUAAAAAAAAUGUACUUGUUUUGCUCUCACUGUUUGACUUUCGCUUGGAAUGGAAUUCCAUGUGAUAACUGUGCCUUAGCACUGUACUGUAGUGAAGAAUGCAAGAAAAAAGCUUUGGAAGAGUAUCACGAUGUUGAGUGUUUCAUACUUCCCUUUCUGUUGAGCAAACCUUUUGAGUUUGUAGAUGUGGAUGUUAUAGCAAUGACAGCUAGAUUUUUUAUUAGAGCAGUUAAAUCAGAAGGACUCCAAAAUGUUCUUACGGACUCUAGACUGAUAGAUGACGAGGAUGGUCUGCAUAUGGAAGGUCUUUUGUUUAAUGAAAUUUAUGAUAACAAAAAGUUUAAAUUUUGUUACAAUCUAUUGACUCAUGAAGAACAUACAAAACAAAAGAUUCCUGCUCAAGAGUUUUAUUCAUGUUUGUUGGUGAAUUUAUUAAUUAAACAUACAAGACUUUUGGAUGAAUACAAGAUAAUCAGCGAUGGUGAUUUAAGAAUAACAAAUCCAACAGAAGUAUUGGAAAUAAAAAUUAGUCUUGCCAAAAUCACUAAUAUCCUUGCCGUUAAUAUUCAUACUUUUCAAGGAUCAUUAUGUGAUUGUAAUUAUUUUGCUAAUUGCAAUGAUACAUGUACUGGUAAAAGAGGACAAAUAUUUGCAUCAUGUACUAGCCUUAUAAAUCAUAGUUGUCAUCCAAAUAUUAGUAGGAUGUUUAUGCCACAAAGAAAAGUUGUAGUAUUCACUACAUGUCCAGUCAAAAAGGGAGAACAGUUAUGUGAUACUUAUGGUCCAACUGUAAGAUACACAAACAAAAUUCAAAGACAACAAUAUUUGCAGAAUAACUAUAAUUUCACAUGCAGGUGUCAAGCUUGUAGAGAGAACUGGUCAAUAGAACUGAACAAAUCGGAUCUAACAUGUUUCAAAAAAUUGAACCCUAAGUGGUACAAAAACCGAUAUCUUAAAGCUGAUUCUGUCCAAGACUGGACAUACAACGAGAAAACUAUGCAAGAUGUUGUAAAAGCAUCAGAAUUGGCAUACAACUCCUUUAAUCAAAACAAAGCGUAUGUGUUAUCAAUUCCAUGUAGAGAUUACAUUGAACAUGCUUUUUAUAAAUUUUAUGAAGAUGACUGCCAUGUCCCUGACUUAUGUGUAUACAUGUGAGGCAUACUCUUUUGCAUUAGUUUAUGAUUUUAUUAAUAGUUUUAAGUGGCUUUUAUAGUUCCCGAUGCCUUUUUUUUUAAUGAACAAAUAUUUAUAGUAGUAAUGAUUAUAGGUUUUUAAAAUAUUUCUAAAUAAUCAGAAUAAAUUACUUAGCUUGCAAGAUUUUUAUAAAAUAUUAAAAUUGUGUCCGGUUUAUUUGUAGAAUUUACGAUAGAAUAAUUUUCAAAAAACUUCAACAAAGAUUUUUAGGUCAUUAAUUUCUCAAACAGUAAAGUAAUUACAGAAAUUUUGUAUACAGAUUUAUAUAUGUAUUGCUUCUCAUUUUUGUUAUCUUCAUGAUUAGUAUUGCCAAGAUGAAACUGUUUCAUGAUUCUAUAAUCUAAUAUUAUGUCAUUAUUUAUAAUCAAACUUUUUUUAAAGAUAUAUUACUUGAACGAAAUUUUAUCAUAAAAUAGUUCAUUUCUUGUUCAUUUCAUGUUUAUUUAUUUUUAUGUCUUGAUAUGUACAACAAUUGAUAGUAUAUCUAUAUUAUUAAAAAAUUUAACUACAAUAAAAAAAUUGUGCUGUAACAAAUUGUCUUCUAAUGUUAAAAUAAACAUUAAUUUUAAUAAAAUAA